UCCCCGGGCGCAUUCUUACGAUAGGCUGAGGUGCCGCCGAGCCUCAUAUUCUAGCGGGUAUUGCGCAUGCGCAGCUGCUUGUCGGCUCAUUAGUUACUGAGGAGACAGUUGGGUAACAAACCAGAAGCAGCUGGUAUACCGAGGAGAGAAGAUGGCUAACUACAAGGCUGCAGACUCUAAACGCGAACAAUUUAGAAGAUAUCUGGAGAAGGCUGGAGUACUUGAUACGCUUACAAAAGUAUUAGUGGCACUUUAUGAAGAGCCAGAAAAGCCAAACAAUGCAUUGGACUUCCUAAAACAACACAUGGGUGCUGCAGGUCCUGAAUCGCCUGAUGUUGAGGCCCUCCGCUUGGAGGUAGCAGAAUUGAAGCAGAAAUAUGAAGCUGUGUUAGAAGAGAACAAAACACUAAAAGCAAAGCUUGCGCAGCAUGAGCAACCUGCAGAGGAGAAGCGUCCAGAAUAAGGAUAAAUCUGAGGCCGUAUCGAAAAAGUUCAUUGCACUGGGAAAAAUACAUAUUUAUCUAAGCUAUUGUUUUUGUUAAUUUAGUGGUACAAAUGGUGUUAGGUUUCCACAUUUAUUUUCUACUUCGUGUUAUCAAUAAACUAUUUUGGGACAAGUGAA